AUGGAAUUUUGUGAUGUUCGUGGCUUCGUCUAUGGAGUAGUACCUGACAAUGGCAAACCAUUGAUUGGUUGUUCGGAAAAUCUACGCGGCUGGUGGAAAGACCAAGUAAACUUUGAGAAAAACGGUCUAGCUGCAAUCGCUAAAUAUGAAGAAGAACGUGGAGUUUCAACAAUGAAUGGCAUGUUGCUUGAUGAGCAAGUAAAGCCUUACUCCUUGUAUGAUCUACCUGAUACAAUAUUAGGUUCAAUUGUAUCGUCAUUAAUGCAACACUGCGAUCCACCACAAAGGAAACAUCCUUUGGAAAGCGGCAUUCCUCCACCAUGGUGGCCAACAGGGAACGAAUCAUGGUGGAUCGAAAUGGGAUUUAGUAAGGAUAUUGGUCCACCACCUUAUAAAAAGCCGCACGAUCUGAAGAAGGUUUGGAAAGUUUGUGUUUUGACGGCCAUUAUCAAACAUAUGUCUCCAAAUAUUCAGAAGAUUAAGAGUAUUGCUAGACGUUCGAGGAGCCUGCAAAAUAGAUUCACUGCUAAGGAUACAGCUAUUUGGCUUGCUGUUAUUGAUUAUGAAGAAAGAUUGGCAAGAGAAAUGUAUCCUGAAUCAUUCUUAAAAUCUUCUUGUGUUGGUGAAAGCAGUUAUGCGUCUGUGGAAACAGAUGAUUAUGAUGUGGAAUGUGAUGAGCACAAUCUAGAAAAACCUUUAUCAUCAUGUGAGGGUUCUGAUACCAACAUGGUUCAUCAACUUGAAGAAACUAAUUCUUCUCAUCACGAGACUUCAAUAUGCAUUGAUCCACAUUACCAAGACCAUGAUCAUGGAGGUUCUUCAAUGAACAAUCUUGUUAUUGAGAGUAGGGGUGCUAAUAAGAGAAAGGCUGACCAAAUAGGAGGAAGCAGCAACUACAGCAACCAAUUCCAACAUGGUGCACCUCUUGACCAACAUGAGCAAGCUGCAGUACCUGCUGUUGCAAAUCAGAUCACUAUUCAUGCAGGUAAUGAUUCAGGAGAAGGAGAAGAUGUUUCUAUUUGGAUGGAUAUGUAUAAUUCAUGUAUUGAGAUGGAAAAUAACACCACCAUGAAUCAUGUUGUGCCAACUGGCAACAUGACUCCUACUCCUUCUGGUGAUAACCAAAAUUUUCAGCCUCAAAUCUACACUUCAACUGUACAACAGAAGAAGAGCAGCACCAUGAUGAAUACUUCCAUGAUAAGUACUUCUUUGCCAGUUAGCAACAUGAUUCCUACUCCUGGAUUUAACCAAAACAUGCAACCUCAAAUGGAGCAGAAUUUCUAUGAUCAACAAGGGGAUGCAAAUAGCAACUACAACUACCAUGUUCCAAUGCAUGAAAAUGUCUCAAUAAUGACAACCUUGGAUACAUCUUUUGAUGAGUUGAUGGCAUUCAAUUCUCAAUGUGAUGUUGAAGCUUACAACAACUAUGCAUUGAUUGAAUCUCCUAAUGUGGCAACACCAAGUUAUGAUUUCUCUUGGCCAAACAAUAUUGGGAAUUAA